UGAGGGUGAUGUGUGUGAGAGUAAUGUGUGUGUGAGGGUGAUGUGUGUGAGAGUAAUGUGUGUGUGAGGGUGAUGUGUGAGAGGGUGAUGUGCCUUUAAAUGCAGCGGAAGCAACUUAAAGGUGUCGGCACGGGCAUGGGGCGACUCGUCUGCGCGUGACGUAUUUAUCUUUCCCUCGCGGGGCGGUGAUGACGCAACAGCUGUCUCCGGAGGGGCCGGACCCCCCGCUGGCUUCAGGCCCGUCCGCGAGGAUCGCUCAUAACGCCGUGAGGUGUCUGCGGAGCCUGGACGCUGUCGUGUUUCAUGAGGAAUUGCUGAAACCUGCGGCUGCUGUGACUUCGGCGCGCCGAUGUGACAUGGAGGUUCAAACUAUUUAAACUUCAGGAUUGACUAAGUUCACGCGGACACGGGGCCGUCAGUCUGCGCUUUGACUUUUCUUCACGUGACUGUUGAUCGUCUGAGCUCAUUGAUCAUGCGCGGCGCAGGAGCUGCUGAUCCGUCCCCAGCGGCCGCUGUCAAGAUCGUUUCAGCCGGAACAGCUGGCUGUGUGGCCGAACUGGUCACUUUCCCCCUGGACACAGCCAAAGUGAGACUGCAGAUUCAGGGUGAAUCCAAACCCUCAGUGGAAGGCCAAAGGAUAAAAUACAGAGGUGUUUUCGGGACCAUCUUCACCAUGGUGAAGACCGAGGGUCCCAGGAGUCUUUACAAUGGACUGGUGGCAGGGCUGCAUCGACAAAUGGGCUUCGCCUCAGUCCGCAUCGGCCUGUAUGACACCAUGAAGCAAUUCUACACAAACGGGUCAGACAGUGCAGGAAUCUCGGCUCGGCUGCUGGCAGGCUGCUCCACGGGGGCGAUGGCGGUGGCCGUGGCGCAGCCCACUGAUGUGGUGAAAAUCAGGUUCCAGGCUCAGGUGCGCCGGCCCGCGAGCGGCACUGCAAGUAGAUACAGCAACACGUUUGAUGCCUACAAGACCAUCGCCAGGGAUGAGGGCGUCAGAGGGCUCUGGAAAGGUUGUCUGACAAAUAUAACUCGCAACGCCAUCGUUAACUGCUGUGAGCUGGUGACGUACGACAUCAUUAAGGAGCUCAUCCUGAAGUACCACCUGAUGACAGACAACAUGCCGUGCCACUUCACAGCGGGCUUCGCAGCGGGUUUCUGCACCACUGUCGUGGUGUCUCCUGUGGAUGUGGUGAAAACGCGCGUCAUGAAUUCAACGCCUGGGAAGUACAGCGGCGCUAUUAACUGUGCCGUAACCAUGCUGACGAAAGAGGGAACUACGGCGUUCUAUAAGGGAUUCAUUCCUGCGUUUCUCCGUCUGGGCUCCUGGAACAUUGUGAUGUUUAUGAGCUAUGAGCAGCUCAAGAGAGGCUUCGCGAGAUUCCAACAGUCGCGGGAUUCAGCCCUUUGACAGCUUUGCUGUUGUUGCCGUGCCGUAACCACUACUGUCUACAUCAGUGGUUCUCAACUUGUCUUGCUCCGGGACCCACCUUUACCCCUCAAUGACGAGCCACGACCCAAUUCAAUCGGUCAACGGGGGGGAUUUUUUUUCCAUGCAAUGGCCCGCGACCCACUACAAACGGGUCCGCGACCCACUAGUGGGUCGGGACCCACCGGUUGAGAAACACUGGUCUACAUGAUGCCGCCACUGCUGAAGAGGCAAAAUGUGGUUAUGACUGCUGCUGAUCCAGACCUUCUCUCUCAAGGAAUAAACUUCCAUUAUUUCAGAAACUACACUUCAGAGAAAACCUGCAGGGAUUGUAAAUGUUAAAUUGUUCCUGACAGUCGGCACAUUAUUAGAAUUAGAUCUCUCAAUGUUUAUGCUGAGGUUUUUUUAAUUGGCCUUUUCCAUUGAGGGCCUUUUUUGGCAUGUUACAGUAAGACAAGCACAAGUAUCAAUGAUGAAACAAACAGGGUGAUGGUGGUGCAUGGACUAGAGAGGGUGUCCUGGGAACCGCAAGGUUGGUAGUUUGAACCCUGGCUGCCCUAAGCGCCAAGUCAAAGUGUCCCUGAGCAAGACACCCAACUCUUAAUCAAAAACGUAUUGUUACUUACAAAACUUAUUUGUUUUUCAUUGAUUGGGUUUUGAAUUUCAUGUCAUGUGAACAUUUUUUAUGCAGUCUUUCAAAUGAAUGUUUAGGAAUUACAGUUGCACCAAGAAAAGGCAUUGGAAUGCAUAAAGCUGAAAUUAAUUUCAAAAAGUUGCUUAAAAUAAAAAAAUUAAAAAAGCUUAAAUUAUUUGUAAACAUUUAUGAAACAAUAGAAAUAGGAAAAGCUGAAAUGGAUCUAAAAAUAGCUGAAAAUACAGUAAGACAGUACAGUACAGUAAGAGAAAAACUGAAAUGAACUUGAAAGAAUUGCAAAAAACAGAAAUGGGAGAAGCUUAUAUGAAUUUGAAAAAAUACAGAUAUAAUAAAAGCUUAAAUGAAUUUAAACAUUGUUGAAAGAAUAGAAAUAGGAAAAGCUGGGAAUUAAAACAUGUAUUUUGUAGUAAUAUAAGGUCUAUUACUAGUUAUAGUUGUAAUUGUGAUUAUAGUGGUACUAGUAGUAGAAGAAGUAAGUACUAGUUGUACUAGUAUUUGAAGGAGCAGUUGUGGUGUACCUGUGGUUGAGGUACAGAUAAUCAUUGAGGCUUUUAUUUUGAAAUAAUGGAAUUGGGUAAGGGGGGGGGGGGGGGGAGAAUGUUUGUCAUUCAAACUAAAUGGACUUGGUAAAAUCGAUAAGUACCGCACGUUUCUAGUCUUCUGACCACUCAAAGCGCUUUAACACUGCAUGACAUCAUUCACCCAUUCAUGUUUCUUGAUGUUUACAAUGAUCCGGAUCCAAUAUAUGAGGAGGUGAAGCAUAUAAUACGCAGAAAAAGGAAUACGGCAGCUAAUUAAACAGAGAAAAAGCCUGGCAGACAAUCGCGGACCAACUGAAUGCGGAAGGAUUUUAAAAUAUCUACUUACUAGGAAAGUUGUACACUCCGUUUUAAUUGCUUUUAAUAUGAUUGUUUUAUGUGUUGGCUUUAUUGCUGUAUCUGUGUUCAUGUGCUAAAUGCCCUGGUUUUACUGCAAAGUGUCUUUGAGUAGCAACAUGUAAAGCACUAUAAAAUGUAUGAUACUUUGCCUUAAAAGUGAGCAGAGGGAAUUAAUGUUCCUCUGGAAAUUUACACUAAAGACGCAUUUUCAACCCUUAAUCACAAUGCAAGAAUAUGUUUUACAAUAUGCACAAAUCUCUAUAAGCUGAGUCUAAUAGUGCAUUUACUUCCAAGUUUGUCAUAUAAAACGCGCAGUGCCAUACAGUGCAUCUGUGGGAUGGUGAGAGCUUCGUGGUCCCAUCUGUCCCCAUCAAAAUUGCCCUGAUCACGUUUACAAUUGUUCACUCCUCAGUGCGCAGUUUGAUGCCCUUUUUUGCAUUGAAUCAUACUGGGAUGUUUACUCAAACUGAUUGGCUGGCCCUACCAAAACUAAAAUCCACCAGCCGCCACUGACAAAUAUUCUGUCUGAUAGUACUACUCUUACUACAAUAAAAAGUACUACUAGUAUUUCAACUUUUAUUAAUACUUCAACUACUACUAAUAUUACUACUACAAAUACUACUGUGACUAAUGGUAUUAGUACUACAGCUAAUAAUACUAGUACUACUAGUAACACUACUACUACUAUUGAAACUAAAACUACCACUAUUUCUUCUACUGCUAGUAUUACCAGUACCACAAUUACAACUACAACACAUUUUUUUAAACCAUCUCAGCUUUUGCCAUUUCUGCAUUUUCUGAAAGUAAUUUCAUUAUUUCUUAUAUCUGUAUUUUUCUUAAAUCACUUCAGCUUCUGCAAAUUCUGUAUUUUUAGCAAUUUCCUUAAAUUCAUUUCAGUGUUUUUCAUUUUUGUAUUUUCAGCAAUUAUCUGAAAUUAAUUUGAGCUUUUAGCAUUCCAAUGCAUUUUCAGCAGGAAAUGCAUUUUCUAGUUUCAAAAGUGUUUAAAAAAAUCAUCAGGUCCAAGUCCUCCCCUAAUGCAGCUUCAUAUCAACCUGAGACUCACUGUCUCCUGUCCUACCCAGGGGUUGACCACAUGUCAUUCUUCACCCAGUUACAAAACGCUGUGUCACAUAAUAGAAAUGCAGGUUUUCCUGGAGCUUUGAGUCAUGUUGGACACUGUCCUCCCUGUCUGGUCAUCCAGUGUCCACUGAUUCCCGUCUUGGUGUUUUACAGUUUUCUUCCAUUUAUAGAGACAGGAAGCAAGAAUUUCUGAAUAAAGUGAAACAGCAUUUGAAAUGAAAAUGGGGAGUUUUCUGCAUUUUGUUGCUUCUUCACAAUUUCUGUGUCCCUUGGCCAUAGUCCCUCCAAAGUCUAUCCAUUGUC